AUGGAAGGAUCUCAAGGACAACGUUUGCUUAAUAUUGAAACUGAUGAGCCAUUUAUAUUUGAAGUUGAAAAAGGUAACAGAGAAUUUAAUCAGAAACAUUACGAAGCAUUAGGAGAGGUGAUUACAGAAGAGGUGUACAACUUGUUAGAGUCAGAGACACAUUUAAAGAGACAUAUUAUUCCAGUAAGACUAGUAAUAAUUAUAAAUGUCACAAUCUUUUUUCUUGCAUCUGAAGAUGCUUUUACUAACCCAGUCAAGUUAAUGAUAAUUAUACAUGGUAGUGGUGUAGUUAGAGCAGGCAAUGGUCUAGAAGGCAAAUUGAUAAUGAAUGACUGUUUAGAUAGUGGAACACAGUUACCCUUUAUUAAACGAGCUAUGAGAGAGGGAUAUGGUGUUGUGGUUUUAAUGGAAACAGAAAACCACAUAGAAACCAAAGGCAAGAAGAUUAAUAUUAGGGGUAGUUCUACUCCUGAACGUCAUGGACAGUAUGUUUGGAGACAUUUUAUUAGCAAAUCUCAAGCAAAACGUAUUGAUAUUGUAGCUCACAGCUAUGGAGGAGUGGUUGUCAUGGAAACAGUGGUGGUGGAUGAUAGGAAGAAGUGGGGUGGAGCAGUAGGUUGA